GAUAUUAAAAUUUUUUUCUCAAAUUUUCUAGUGAAAGAAAUUUUAACUGUUUAACUGAAAAUUUGGGUUAAUCGAAUAUGGUUUUUUGAUAGAGUAUUAGCAUUGCUCAAAAUUAAUGGUCGACUAUUUUUCUGGGACUCAAAAAUUUAUCUCAGAUCACACAGAAAUUUAUCUCUGAUGGUAUGCUUUUGCGGUCUUGUGAUUUGGUCUAUAUUUAUAGUCCAAAGUUAAUCUGACAUGUUGAUUUACAAUUUUUGUAUUAACUAUAGCUUUAUCUAUGAAUAAGUUUUGUUUGUUUUGUCACCAUUUGAAAGGUACCAAAAGAGAAAUGAAAUCAUUCCUGUUUACUUUUGAUUCGGAAGUAAUCGUGAAUCUUUCCCUGGAAACAAUCGGAGAAUCUCACAACAGAACUUGUGAAUGGGAUCUUUUAGCCAUCUAUUCUGGCCUGAAGCAAGAACUUAUAGCCAACAAAGAACUCAACAGCAAUCAUCAUCCAUACAAAUGCAACCUCUGCCCCUACACAACAUUUCUGCCCACAGUUCUGAGGCAGCACAUGCUGACCCAUUCCAUCGAGAGACCUUACAAGUGUCCCAUCUGCAAUAAGGGAUUCACUCAGAAGGGAAGUGUGCAGCUUCACAUGCUUCACCACACGGGCGAGCGUCCUCACAAGUGCCCUGUCUGCCAGAGAUGCUACUCUCAGAAGGGGAGCAUGCGCAGGCACAUUCUGCAACAUUUGGGGAAAGACUCAAACCGCUGCCCCCUCUGCUCCGAGGACUUCGAGCUACGCUCAGAAGUAGAAGUUCAUCUCAUUCAACACACCAAAAAGGAUUCCUUCUUCUGCAGCCUCUGCCAAGCGACCUUCACUAGCGCUUUCAACCUGGAAGAACACAACAAAGUGCAUCACUAGGUCUUCAUUUAAAAAGGCAGCACUGUCUUGUUUUGAACUGCUAACAGGUACCCUAAAUAUAGUUCGUUCACCGGGAGUCGGCACUCGGAUCCACCUUCGUCGUGUUUGUCGAUCGUAUGACAAAAAUGAUUAUUUCACAAUCUUUGUGUACAUUUUUUUAACAUUAAAUAUUUCAUAAAUUUGAUAAAAGUGCCAACUUCUGCUGAACGAACUAUACAGGAAUUUCAGUUCUAAAGAUCAUUUUGCAUUUAUGAAACAUUUGAAUAUUUAUAUUGCAAUAAUAUAAUAUUAUGUUGUAUUAAAUCAAAGAGUCUUCAACAACUUCCAAAUGUGUUGGUUUCUUAAGCGCAGCAUUUUUUGUUUUAAAUAGAAGAGAAAGGCCAUUGCUUGAUAUUGAAGCACUUCAACGCCUACAUAGCUAGUUUUUUUAAAAAAAAAGAUUUGCCAGUUUUAAAAAUUUGAUCACAGUUGGCAAGUUUUGUGCCUUGCUAACAGUCAAGACUGCGCAAGAUGAUUAAAUGUGGUGCAUCGCUUUAGUGGCUUUCUUAUAGAGGGAGAUGAGACUUUUUCUUUUUUUUUACAUCACUACUUUUAUUUUUAUAUAUAGUUCUUAUGUUUGCGAGUCUAAAUAUUUAUUAUGUAAUAAUUUAACGGUACUUUUCCAUUUCACCGGCGCAAGUGAAUUCAGCUACUUUAUCUGUUUAAUUUUUAAACAUAUUAAUCGUGACCUAAAGAUAAUAAAUAUAAAAUAAUAAUUUUAAAAACAAUUGAAUAUACUAGCGUUUGGUGACUUUACAUUAGCAACUUUGUCUUCUCUGCACGGGCAGAAUGGAAAAGUACCAAUCUAACAAUAAUUAUAUUUCAAUGUAAAUAUAGUUUGUCUAAAGUAAGAACUCCCCAUGCCAUUUGUCUGUAACCUUGGCGGUGACUAUGGUUAUAAGGUAUAACUAUUUCAAGUAGGGGUGUGGGGUCCUUGUUUAGGACAUGAGAGAACGGGAAUCUUUUUCUAUUGUGUUAUCACUACAGUGAAGAAAAGCUACUCUCCCUGAAAUGCGCUAUUCUUGUUUCCAUAUCAGCAGACGGUCUCAGAGUUUGUGGGGGGAGGGGAGUUCUUACGUUAGACAAACUAUAGCUUACUGUAGUGGUCAACUCGAUAUGUUUUACCGUAUGCAAUAUGGGUACGGUACUAAUAGGUUAAGAAUAGCCGUUUUGAAACAGAUGGGUACCACAUAUUUUAGAUGAAAAAAGCCUUGAAUUAACAUUUAACGUAGAUUCAGCACACUUUCACAUUAAAUACAAAAAUGAUCAGUUAAGCGAAAUUUGAAGUCUUUUUUUUGAUGAAAAGAAAUUUAGUUGCUAUUUUAUUUCUUAACCUUUUUCUUAUCAAAUAUGUUUCUUAUUACGUUUAUUGUAAAUAAUACAUUGUUUAUAGAAGUUAUUAAUUUUAAUUAUUGCUUGUAAAUUGCCGAUUAGAGUAAGAGAGCAAAUUAUUCUAUAAGUUAUUUUAAAAACAUUAUCAUUUAUUCAGAAAAAUGAAUUCGAAUAUUGAAUGUACUCAUUGUUGUCCAGAUAAAGUAAAUUUUGUUUUGAUUAUGUUUCAGGCAUCCCAUUUUCUAUGAAUAGAAAAUUUGGAAUAAUUCAUUUGAAGAAUCAAAAGAUUUCUCACUACUAAAAAUCUCAAUUCUUAGGGACUAAUUAAUUAUAUGCCUUCUCACCUGGUUUAAUUGUUGAAACUUUCAGGUCAUUUUCUGAAUUCGAUUAACAAUUUUAUAUUUUCAAAAAGUCUAGCUCAUAUUUUCUCACCAAUCUUGCUGAAUGGUUCAUAACUAUUGAUUUGUCUCUUACAUCUGUUUUUAAAAUUAUCAUCAACAAUACAGUAAUCAUAUAAUACAAUUUUUAAAUGGUGAAUUAAAAAAAAAUCACCCAUUAUCACUUUUGCAAAAAAAAAACCUAUUUCAAGAUUAUUUUAUGAACACGAUAUCAAAUUUUAUUCGGUAUGUGAGAAUAUUGACUGGUUGUUUUUGAAUGGUACUAUAAAAUAUAUUGGUCUCAAAUUUUUAUGACAUGUUUUCUUAGUGUCACUUCAAUUCAAAAUUACUUUUAUGAUAAGCCAUCCAUAUAUGUAUUCAGAGAUCAGAUUCAGGUAGAAUUUUUGAGUGCAAUCCAAUUACACUGAUAAAUGCUAGCUUUUUCUCUACCAUAAUUUAUUACUUUAAGAAAUUGAUAUUUGGUUUUCGUCAUAGGAUAGAAAUAUGUUGUAAUAUAUUAAAACCAACCAAAUUUUUUGAUUUUUACAUUUUGUUAGGUUUUAGUUACCUUUAUUUUAUUUAUCAUCAUUUGUACUAAUUUCAGAAUGCAGUAUGUAAUGCUCUGUCAACAUCUGGCUUAUAUCUGUUUUAUAUCUAAUUGAAAUGAAAUAAAACAGUCAAACCCCAUUAUCGUGAACCUUCAAGGAACAGAUUGUUUGGUUCACUAUAUCCCUACUGCAAACAAUUUUAACUCAUUUUUCUGAACUCCUCCCUCUUAUUACACAUCAUUAUUUAAAUAAAUGACCCAUGAAAAGAAAUGCAAAAAUGAUUUAAAAACAGUAUGUAGUAACAAAAAAUGUGUUACCUUUUAUUUUUUAUUACUCUUCGUUUUGCGUAUAAAAAGAUGGCCUUUACUUAAAGAUGGGAAACUGCGAUAGAAGAGAGAAGCAAACGAAGAAAAGAUUCUUGUGGCUACAUCCUACUCAAUAGUUUCCGAUAAAAAAACCGAUAUAUGUAUUUUCUGCAGAAAUUUCAAAAUUACCUCCCCCCCCCAAAAAAAAAUGAAGAAAACAAAUCAAUUGAGGACAGAAAAAAAGUUAAAAAUAACCAAUUUCCUCUCUUCUUAUGGUUCACUCUAUCGACAAAAAAUAUUCUUAUAUGUGUAUAGCAAGGCACAACAUUUUGUUCACUAUAGUGGGGUUUGACUGUAUUAAUGAACAGUAAUAAUUGGUUUACAGGGUGGCCACCCACCUGGAAUUAUCAGGGAGUUUUU